AUGACACCAAGAACCGUCACGCUCACCGUACAAGCACAAGCGACGUUCCAGGACUCCGAGAAGACACAGCACAACAAGGAAACCUGUAGCAAAGAGGUUACACCGAGCGACUUGAGGACACAUCGACACUGUCUCUACGAGCUCAGAAACAACGUGAAGACCCGCGCCCCCCUGGAGAUUCGGCAGCUCAACGCCGACCUCUUGAAUAUCGAUAGUCAAUUUCAGCAAAUCAGCACGGAGCUGCUCAAGUUCGAUGCGGAAGCGUUCGUUGAUAACAAGCAAGAGGCCCUGGUGUUACAUCCUACUUGGAAGUCACAUCACGAGAAAUUCAAGGAGAUAUUGAAAAAUAGUCGCGAUACUGCGAGCAGGGCUUGCGCUGUAAUGAAACUAUACAACGAAGCGAUACUGGCCAGUAUCAGUGCAGAGAGUAUUUGCGACAUCCAGAAAGAGCUGAAGAGGUUCAUGGAGCUCGUCGCGAAGGAGAAGAGAUACGCCUCCGCUACCCAGCGCAGCUUCAAAUUGCUGGCAGAGCAACUCCGUCUCUUCGCCGCGGUGAUCGAUAUCACGCUGUCGCGUGCAGGUGUACAUCUCAGUGGCGAGUUACGGAAGACGCGAGCGCGUCUCCCCCUGCUGCAGAGCAAACUCCGUAUGAUGGAAGCCAAGAACCGCGCCAUGGGUACCGAGUUUUUGAAAGAACUCGUUGCUGGUGCUUCUUCUGUGGCUUUGACUCUCUAUACGCUUUGUCCACGCUCCGUUGGAGAGGCUUUGGGGAAGAUUAACAAGCUUGAUGGAGGAAAGUAUCUCCUCGGGACGCAGGAGCAGGAAGCUCUCCGGAACGAAAUUGCCCAAUGUGAACACGGGAUUGCCGCCCUAGAGGCGAAGGAUGCGCGGCUCAAAGCAUACAAGAGUUCUCUGAAAGGGACGCAGAACGAGGUUCGCGCGAUAGCGAGUAAGGUCGACGUCAUCUCCAGCAUUUGGGUAUCGCUUGCCGCGGAUAUGGAGAAUUUACACUGCCAACUGAAGAUAGCGACCAACAUAGAGCCCACGAGCCUGUUCCACAAGAAGGUGGCUUCCGCACGGGAGCUAUUCCUAGACCUCUCCGCAGCUCUCGAGGAAUACGGACGCGGCACUCUCCCGGCUGAGCACGGUUGCGCUCAGACAGUAGAGUGCGACAUCGACGACACUGCUGGGAGUGCAACUUGCAGAAACCCGUGCAACAACCGGGCCCCCACUGGAUGUGUCCCGGUCAUCAGCACUGCGCCGGUGUGUGUUCGCAGCGUCAGGGUGGAUGACAAGCCGUCCUGCCGAGCCCGGUCGGUCAACAAGAUCACCAAAAACGUCGGGAAGGAGGUCCAUUGCGAGCCCAAUGGGAGCGCGAGCGACGGGCAGAUUGGUCCAGGAGUCGAGAGGAUAAACUGCUGGCAGCGGAUUUGCAGGGCAACAUGCAAGGCGAAGAAGCCGGAUGACAGCAAGCGGCCUUGCGAAUAUCUGAAGGCGGACGGAACGACACUCGAUAACACUGGGGAUGGAAACUGUGGUGGACGGGACAAGCGGGGCACCGCGCGAGUCGACAGGGUGGUACAGGGGGACUGCGACGACGGGGAAAUUGAUAGGAUAGUCAAGACAACGGUCAAAACCACGGAGACUAUCUUCAAGACCAGGGGGAGACAUCAUAGUGAAGAAGUCGUCGGAAAGCAUGAAGGGGUGACGUGCAAGGCAAACGGCGGUACUGUGAGGUGGGAAUUCGAUUGCAGAGCCUGA